AUGCUACGUUUCAACAACACACCCUCGUCUAUGCAGAUAUCACUGCUAAAAUACCGAGCAAGCUCACGUUCGACCAAGCGGCGUCGAUCCCUCUGUCUUGCAACCGCUGGGCUUGUUCUCUUCUAUCCCGAGAACCCGCAGGCAAGCGCGGGCUUCUUCCCUCCUUGGAGGGAGGGUGGCCGCGGCAAGUACGCAGGCCACCCUAUAGCGAUCUUCGGCGGUUCCUCUUCCGUCGGGCAAUUCGACACGCAGAACGCUACAUACCAAGUCCUUGCCCCGCACGGCAAGCUCCUCCUGGUGCUAGGGGAUCAGGUAGACCCCGCGCUGAAGGCAAAUGGCGGAGACAAGAAAAUUAAUGUAUUCGGAAACACCAACGUUCCAGCUAACCGCCAGGCCGGGCAGUAUUUGUAUGGUCAGCUCACGGCGCUGCUCGAAGGGGGUGCAAUCGAGGUACACGUGUGCCAUCUUGGGUGGCGGAUUGAGGUUGACGCUUCUCUGUGGUGUAGCCUCGAGUAG